AUGGCCGAAAACGGCGACGUCCUGCUUUUCAACAAGUUUGUGCAUCUAGUAGAAACUCGAACAAACAAAAACAUCCAGGCCUGGGAGAAACAAAAGUCCAAUCUUUUGGCAAACUUGGAGCAGAUUUACCAACGCAAUUGCCUGAACGGGGAUAAUGAGCUUUCAAAGACGGUUUCGGCACCUCUAGAACAGUAUCACGCAAAGGUCAAAGACGGCAUCAGACUCUUGUUCGACGACAUUUGUGCCACGCAUCGAACUGACACCAAGGCCAUCAAAGUCGCAACAGGCCGCCUCGCGGAAGAUGCCAAGGCUCAUUAUUUCCAACGCAACAGUCACUACACGGAAGACCUCGAACAUCAAAUGGAAAUGUUGCGUGCCGCGGGAAAUCUCAGCCAGGACCCAUCGAGUACUGAGCCUGGAGCUACUAGGAUCGAGGAGGGCAAGACGAAAACCAACAAGUCUUCUCCUGCAAGCGCUGGUCUGUCUUUCGAGAGGGCUCACAAUAAUGAGCUACUCGGUAAGAAGAGAAACAGGAAGACGCCAUCUCGACCAGCCACCACUCAUUGGGAGUCUCAGAAAUCGGCCAGAAAUCAAACUCGGGGCUCUUCUACGGUUGGAUCGUCUCUUUUUAGGACUGAUUCAUUUGAUGAGUCGCCUACGCCAGUAGCCUCUGUAACAAACCCGCGUUCUCGUAGAUCCAGCGGCUCAUCGUCCCGGAGUCGGGAAUCUCUUUUCUCCACGGGUUCACCAAGCAUGGGGUCUUCUUGGUUAAGUAUGGGGUCUUCUCUUCAAAUGAAGAAAAGCCCCGCAGCCUCGAGACGGGUUCCGGCUGAUCCUGAAGGCUCAUCAAACCAUCAGUCCCUAACCCUUAGUGAGCUGCUUAAUCAAGGAGAAGUACUUGAGAAUAAGGACUUCGAGGGCAUACAUCCUGUAAUGGGGGACCUGCUUCAGUAUGGAACCAUACUCAACCUUGAGUACGAGGAAGGGCUCAUAGCCAUCGAUUCUCAAGAACCUGAGUGGGAGACUGAAGACGAAGAUGGCGAAGGAGAAGGAAAAGAAGAAUGGGGUGAAGAUCAGCUGCCGCAGCAAGUCGAGGCCCUUCGAAGCAAACUCAACCGGAAGAAGAAUCUUCUGGUAAAAGCGAAAUCGGAAAUCUUCGAGCUUCGCCGACAGAAGGAUGACUUUUGGACCGCAUGUCAGUUCUUGCUGGAAAGAAAGCAGGAAUUCACAGAACCUCAUGAAACCGCCGAGGAAUCUGCUCCCCCUGGCACCACCACCAGGAGCUUUUCGCCUACAACACAAUCUGGAAACCAAACCCGAACAUCAGGGCCUGAUAGUACGGUGGCUCUGCCCUCUAUGAGAGAUCGGUUCGCCGAACUUCUUGACUCGCACCAAAAACGCCUGGAGAUCGCCGUUAAACGCUGCGAUGAUGAGCAAGUUGUCUUGGAAAGUAAAAUAUCAAAUGCAGAAAGCGGCCUCGACCCUCAGAUUUGGGAUACUCUCCAGCAUUGGUUGAAUACGUUAACGGCGCAUCGCGAUGACUUUUCCCUAACUGUUGAGUUUUUCAACGGGGCCAUCAAGGACGCCAGGACAAACCCAGACUCUUUGAAUCUCGCGGACGAGAUAGGGGAUACUCCACUGAGUAUGACGACCCCGAGCACUUCAUCACAAGUCCCGAAUUCAGGAAUAUCCAAUCGCACAUUCCAACCUACCAGACCAGGACGAAUGCGUUCCAAGUCUGAAGUCCCUCUGCCGGUGGCCAUGCCCUCUCUUAUCUCGCGGGCAGAGACAUUCGGAAGUCGCUCUAAUUCUGUAGACUCAGCAAUUGCUGAGGAUCCAGAGCCUGAUAGCGCGUCGAACUCUAAGGAUGAUAUUACUGAGUCACAGGUUCCAUCGACGCCUGCAGUCAUCCAGUCUGACGGUUCCAAGUCAGUGGUCAGCUCGAAGGCAGGAGACUCUCUGGUUAAGAUGGUUAAAAACCCGGACUCUCCGAAGAAGCCUGAUUACUCUGAGGAAGAUGAUUCGCCUAAAGGAAUUUCCCCCAAGAAGUCUGACUCUCCCAGAAAGGGGGAUUCUUCCAAUCAAGGGGAUUCUCAGGAGAAGGAGAAUUCUUCUGAGGAUGGAGAGAACCCGGAGAAAGACGAGCCCCCAGAGGAAGAUGUUGCUCUCGGCUCCAAUCCCUCGAAGACAAGCAGGUUAUCAACGUCAGCCCGCAGCGAAGGCGAUGAUGAUCCAGAUUAUCCGCAAGAUGAUCUGACACCAAGAGAGGAUCAAUUCGUCAACAUUUUUAGGUGGUUGUAUCAUAAACUAUGGAUACUUCUCCUGAAUGUUUUGUAUUACGUGGUUACUCAAUUCGGAGCUUGGGCACGUUUCUUGAAGUUUGUUUACCAAAUAGUGGCGUAUCCUUUCCGGGCAGCAAAUGGAAGCACCACAACUUUCAAUUUGCCUCGGGCUCAGGAUGUACGGUCCAUUGCCAACCAGGUUCUGUUUGCGAUGACUCUCCAUCUCUAUUUGGAUUUGCAACGGGAAAGAAAUCAGUGGUACGAUGCCAACGGCAUUACUAGGAAUAUGAUGCUGGCGCGAAUCGCUAACCCGCAAUCGUGGUCCUCCUUCUUGGGCGUCGACAGAGUUUUGAAACUUGGAGGAUAUCUCAUUUAUGCUCUAUGGCUUCCAUUUUACACAUUCCUGGUGUGGUUGACGUCUAUUCCCUCCGGCCUUUGGAACAUUGUGGAUUGUAUGCUUCAUCUGCUUGGGGUUUACCAACUGCCGCGAUUCUUUAGGGAUAUUCUGUGGCUUCUUUACGAGCUCAAGGAUUUCUUGUACUGCUGCUAUCUGGGCAUCCGAGGUGACGACGGCGCUGGAUAUUGUUUUUCAUCGCUUCGAAGCCCUGGAUUCAAGGGUAUUCUCGAGGAAUACCGUAGAUUUAGUAAAUUUUUCUGA